AUGAACUUCUAUUUCCAUCGCUCUAAUUUCCACUGCCUCUCUAUUGAUUCAAGGACGAACUUUUCACGUUCACGUUCUUACGUUUUUCAGGUGAAUUUCGGUCGCGAUGUAUGUACCAAACUCAAAAAGUGUACAUUCAGUAAUACUAUCGCUGACAUAUUUUUCGAUUCGUUCUUCAGUAAAAAGAUCCCCUCAGAAGAAGUGUCAUCCGUAUUUACUGAUGCACUCCGGAACCUUUUUGAAACGGAAGUAGCGCCAUUCAAAUCGUCGGUAUUCAGUCUUUCCAUUCUGAAAGAAGAAAUGCAAAAGAAUGCUACCUACACAAUACCGUUCAUCUCUCUUACAAUACUUCUACUAGUCAGCUUCACAGUUGGAUCAUGUAUGACAGGCGACUGGAUAACUUCGAAACCUAUCGAGGCAAUGAUAGGUGUCCUCACCUCAACGAUGGCAAUCGUCAGCGCUGGUGGCCUUCUGUUUGGUCUUGGAGAACCAUUUAUUUAUCAGGUUGGAUAUACACCACACUGCACUUACAUACUUGUUAACUAA